ACUAAUUUAUUCUAACUUGGUAUCAGCUUGAGAAUGGCAAUGGCGUUAUUCUCAUACAAUUUUGGGUGGGGAAAUAGAGAAACAAUAAUGUUGUUAUGGAUGGUAACGUUGAUAUUGCCUUGCACAGCAGCAGCAGGGCCUUCGGCCAUGUUUGUGUUUGGAGACUCUUACAGUGACACUGGAAAUGUGGAAGAGGCAUUUCCCUUCAGAUCUUUAUCAGAGAAGCUACCAUUUGGUUCUACCUACUUUGGUGCUCCUGCUGCUCGUUUUUCUGACGGUCGUCUCAUAGUAGAUUUCCUUGCUUUUGCAUUGGGUUUGCCAUUCAUCGAUCCAUAUUUCAAGAACAUUGAGGCACAGUAUGGGCAUGGAGUAAAUUUUGCAGUAACUGGGGCCACAGCCUGCGACAUAUAUGAUGGUGAUACUUGCAACAUAACUGGUGUAGUUCCUUUUCCCCUGAGAUUCCAGACUGAUCAAUUCAAGAAGUUUAAACUAAAUGUCAAUGCCACAACUGGCAGACGAGCUUCAGGUUGCUUGGAUUUGAAGCUUCCUUCUGCAGAUGCCUUCGGCAGGGGUCUGUAUUUCAUUUUCAUUGGUGUCAAUGAUAUGAUAAGUGGAUUCGUUCAACUUUCUGCUCCUAUGGACAGUGUGAAACGUGAAAUCCUGAGGGCCAUUUCAAAGGCAAUAAAGGAGCUCUAUGCUGAAGAAGCCCGAGAAUUUGUGGUGCUCAAUAUUCCUCCUGCAGGUUGCUUUCCAGAGUUGUUAAAUUUGACUGGCAGCAGCAUUCGAAAAGACAGUUCCAACUGCUUAAUAACACACAAUCAAGUGAUACGGGAGUACAAUGCUCAACUACACAAAAGCUUGCAAUAUCUGCAGAAACAUCUGAGAGGUGCCACCAUAAGGAUCGUGGACAUAUAUCAAUUUACUAUCGAUGCAAUCACUCACCCUGAAGAUUAUGGAUUUGACAAGACAAGGACAUUAUCAGCAUGUUUCGACAAAUCGACAGAAAAAGCAUGCAGCAGGCCAGACAAGUAUAUAAGCUGGGAUGGAUUACAUUUCACAGAUGCUUUUUGCAACCACCUUGUGAAGCAGAUGCUCUUCUAUAAUAAAUAUGUCCUUCCGCCUUUCAAUCUCACAGGAGAUUCAGUGGGAAAGAUAGAAUAACCAAAUGCCCUUAUAAAAACCCACUUAAAGUUUCCACAUUCUUUUAAUAAAUUUGUUUAAAAUAGUUAUAUGACAUAUAAUAGACUUCUAUACUGUUAAAUUUACUUUAAACUGCUGCUUUUGAUAUUAUAGUU